UUAGGUUAUGUUUUUAUUUGGUUUUUGAAAUAUAUGGAAUUCUAAAAGCCACCGGAAAGUUCGUAGACUCUCUGUUGUCUCUUCAGUUUUUAUCAAGUUUUUAUCCCGUAUUUUCGUGGCGAUAAUUUCCUGAAUAUCGAAAGUAGAAGAACACAUUCAAGCCAACAGAAAUUAUCUGAAAUUCAACCAAUUCGAAUCGCACAUUACGAUGACAGCAAUCCUUGGUGGAGGUCUGGCUGGACUGUCGUCUGCAUUUUAUUUGUUGAAAAACAAAGCUCAUCCUGUAACUGUUUUUGAAGGCUCCAAAGUUGUUGGCGGCUGGAUUCAAUCUGAGAAACGUGAAAAUGGAGUGAUUUUUGAAUUGGGUCCAAGAACAAUCCGUCCUGCUGGACCAAAAGGUGCAACUACUCUAGCCCUUCUUGAGGAGCUCAAUCUAGGGCCCAAAGUCAAGCCCAUGCCUGUAACCCAUCCUGCCGCCAAAAAUCGUCUUAUUUAUGUGAAUAACAAGUUGCAUACACUGCCAGUGGGCAUUUCAGGUUUGGUGAGAGCACAUCCUCCCUUUAGCAAAUCAGUGCUAAGAUACCUUCUCCAUGAGUGUAGAGCAAAGAAAGUUGAGAAGGAGGAUGAGAGCCUGUAUGAUUUCGUGGAAAGGCGCUUUGGAGAAGAAAUUGCCGAAUAUCUAGUUAGGCCUAUGCUUUGUGGAAUCUGUGCAGGUGAUGCGAAAGAGAUUAGCGUCAAGUUUCUAAUGGCAGUUCCUUUCCAAUUGGAGCAGGAGCAUGGCUCUGUAAUCAAAGGAAUGAUAAAAAAUUGGCUAAAACGACGCGAUAAGUCAAAAGUAGUCAGCAUACCUCAAAGUAAUUUAUUUUUUCGAUCGAAGGUGGAGCACUGGAGUGUGUACUCUUUAAAUGGUGGAUUGGGGGAAUUACCUAAAGCAUUGCAUGAGGCUGUUUCUUUCAAUCCCAAUUGCGAGGUCAAUUUGGAUGCAAACUGCACUGAUAUUGAAUUCCAAGGGAGUUCAGUCAACCUAACUAUUAAAGAUAAAAAGCAUACUUUUGAUCACUUAAUCUGUGCAACUAGCUCUAUCAAUUUAGCACCAUUACUGAAGAAGCAGCAUCCAGUAUUGGCUGAUGAACUCUCAAAAAUACCAUUUGUAAAUGUCAUCGUCAUAAAUUUAGCUUUUAGUAAAAAACUUUUAAAACAAGAAGCUUUUGGAUUCCUAGUGCCUCCGUCACAGAAACUCCCAAUUUUAGGGGUUAUCUAUGACUCCUCUUGUCUUGAUUUAAAAAACGAAACAGUUUUGACUGUGAUGAUGGGUGGUCGUUGGUUUGAUCAGUAUUUCAGCGAAAAACAAAGCGAAUCAGAGCUAUUGGACAUUGCACUAAAUCAACUUAAACAUAUACUAGGAAUUAAUGAAAAACCUGAAGCUUUUAAAGUUUCAAUUCUCAGAAAUUGCAUCGCUCAGUAUAUUGUAGGUCAUGCGGACAGAGUUGAAAGGAUUGAGAAGUAUAUCAACGAGAAACGGCUUCCAAUUACUCUUGUGGGUGCAUCGUAUUAUGGAGUUGGAAUCAAUGAUGUGGUUUCCUCAGCAAUGACAGGUGUUGAAAAGCUGUCUAAAAAGAUAAGUCUUGAAAAGAGCUCUGAACGGUCAAACACCUUCAGAACGACUUUUUAGAUAAUUCAAUGCAGCGGAAGUAAAGCUAUUUUUAAAGAUGAAUACUCAGUAAGGAUUGCUUUCUUCAAGCAAAUCGGAGAAAUAUUUUUUCACCACAUAGGUUUGUCUGAUUUCAACUAGAGCUGAUGAUGUCAGUAUCAUCCAGGUUGAUAUUUUAUUUUUGUCAUCAUGAGAGGACCCUGCACAUCAAAUCAGGGGUUUGGUGUCGACUAAAUUUGUUUAUUAUUUGAUUUGUUGCUCCUAUGCUGGAAGAUGAGCAUUAAGAAUUGAGCCAAUGAGAAUAGCAGGGCUAAAAAGGGAAUUAUCUAGAAUAUUCACAUGCAUGAUGUGUGCAGCCUUUUACUCCGAGGCAAUUAACGCAAGCAUUUGUCUUAUUCCUUUGUUUGGCACGCAGCAAAAAAAGUGGAGCUCUCCUUGUUUACCUACAUUUCUGAUAGUUGAUAAGUGUAAAAAUGCUACAAAUAUUACCAAUCAGCCUAGUUGUUCUCCAGUUUGGCCCUUAGAAAGCUCGAUUUCUUAAGCUUACGAUACUUCAGCGGACAUAAAUAUCAUCAUCUAAAAUUUCAUUAAAAAGCCACGAGCCUCUUGGAUUACAUGCAGGAUCCUUUGAAAGAAAAUUUGGUCGUUGUUCAAAUCAUUCAUCCCUGUAAUUUUUCCAACCCUUCAUACUUUUUACUUUCUGAAAAAAAAAGAAGAAAAAAAUGACCGUUGUAUAUUACAUUAAAUAUUCUUUGAAAAGUACAUUUCAGAUGGAUGGCUCUUAAUAUCUCUGCUCACUUUACUUUUUAAAGUAAGACAUCUGAAGUUUUGGCGUGGAAUAAUCGGUGAAUAUUCUCACUUAGAGUUCUAAAAAAUAGUUUAUAAUGCCUGUUUCAUGCUGAAAAAAUUAAAGAGAGAAAUAUUGAACUUAGCACAUCAUGACAGAGCUAAAUAUUCAUCAAAUUCAUCUUUUCGACCAACUCCAAUUUAUGCCGCCAAAAAGAUGUCUAAUCAAGAAAUUCAAGACAGUAUUUUGUCGUCAUAAUAAUGAGUCAGUUGUUUCUUAUAUGCAUGUACAUCUCGUUAAGACGAAAAAAUGUAUAUUUUGUGAUAAUUUGAAUUGCAAUAAAUUUUAUUACUGUUUUUAAAUUGAUA